AACGGUUUGUCCAGCGCUUGAGGAGAGAACGACACGCACAUCUGCCUCAGGAAAAUAAAUGAGGCCACACUGAAGGAUUUGAUGCUUCUUGCGAAAAUAACCAUUAAUGGCCAUCAGUUUUCUUCAUUUAGGAUGCGAUGAGCGAUGGAGAGCAAGAGCAACAGCUGUGUUAGAGAGACACUGAAAGGAGGAGGGUCUCACUAAGGGUCAGAUGCUGCACCGGGCUGGAGCACAGAGAGAAGUCGAUCGUAGAGAGCAGCUGGAUAAGAGGACUGCAAGUAAACGCAUCUGAAAGGAAUAUGAGGAAAUAUCUCUGUCUGCUGUGAGAACUGCCUUUAUAACAGAUCAGAAUGGGUAACACUGAUAGUCAUUCCAGCAGUUUUAUCCCAGGUAAGGGUAAGUCCGGCUCAAUGAAGCUGCACACUAAUAAGGAGGACAUCCUCUCCCCACACACUUGGUGGAGGAACAGUAAGAGCACCCCUGAAUACAAAGCCAGAAAUGGAAUUUCAUCACACAAGAACAGUCAGCCUUACAUCUCCCAUCAUUACGACUGCAUUAAAGGAGGAGCUGGUGACAGAAUGUACACAGAGAGCCACCAGGACUAUAACAACCUUUUGUUCCAGGGAAAUGGUUUCUUUGUAGGAUAUUCGCAGCAGAACGGUUGCAGCAUUCAGGCUCAGGUAAAGAGACCCAUUUCUGAUGUGCCUGACAUUAAGAGCAGUCCUAAAGUACUUUUGAGAGAUGAUGGAAGUCUCCGAGUGGAGUUUAGUAAGGCACGAAGGGAGCUGAAUGUUGAGCUGCCAAUGAGUGGCCAUCUCACUGGACCUGUUGAUGCUACCCAAAGGACGAGUAAUGGUAGCUCUCUUAGCUCUGAGGAAUCAUGGUAUGACUCACCUUGGGGAAAUGGGACGGAGCUUUGUGACAACGUCUUCACUGGCAGCCAGCCUUCCGACAACAGUAGCGGAUACACCACACUCUCGUCCACACGUACGGUGGACUUUGAACGACCUGAGAACCCUAUGUGUGGCCUCACGUGCCAAACAACAGUGCAUGGGAGUGGGUACGCAAGCAGCGAUUGCAAUAGUAACGGAUACACCCACCGCGCUGAAGAUGACAGUGGCAUUGGAGAUUCGGUCCUUCUUCAUUUAGAACACAAUGGGUUUUCUGACCUCUACACAAAUCCCAACGUGACAGCGCCAUUCCCCACUGACGACAUUCCAACCACGGAUUGUCUCAAGAACCGCCCUCAUCUCCAAGAUUCCCUGACCUCAACCCUGGGUGUGAAUUCCCUGGAGGUCAGUAAGGAAGCCCAGCAUUACACCUCCCUCACGCUGCCCUGUAGAAGAUUGGUUCCUGACGGGAACACAAGGAAGGACUCACUCAAAAGUCGUAUCCGCCGCCUCAGCGAUUGGACGGGAAGUCUGAGCAGGAAAAAACGAAGACUGCAGGAACCAAGCAACAACUUCUCAGAUGUUUUAAGCUGUGAAGCCGAGGCUAGGCAAAUUGAAUCCAGGCCAUUUUGGAACCCCAUGUCCUCCCAGAAACACCUAGACAGCUCUGGGUCCUUAAUAGGACCAUUUGGACUGCAGAACCAGGGUGCGCUUCAAAGGCAGGACAUCUAUGAGAACUUCAUGCAGGGGCUGAAGACUUCAUGCAGCAGCAGUGGAACGGCUGAUGGACUUCAGGUCUGGGAGGGUGAUGGGGAACAGGGGGAGAGCAGCAGUGGCUCAAUGGGCUCUUUGGAGCAAAUGGACUUCCUCUUUGAGAAGGAGCAGGGAGUUGUGAGAAGGGCUGGUUGGUUGGGUUUCAAGCCUCUCAUUACCCUCCACAAAGACCGCAAACUGGAGCUGGUAGCAAGACGCAAGUGGAGGCAGUACUGGGUCACGCUAAAAGGCUGUACGCUUUUGUUAGGCGAGUCUAAUGUAAAGACCUCGCCAGAACAGGAAUGUACACCACGUUAUGCAGUUUUGGCUGAAGACAGUAUUGUGCAGGCAGUACCCGAGCAUCCCAAAAGAGAGAACGUCUUCUGUCUCAGUAAUGCCUAUGGGGAUGUUUAUCUCUUUCAGGCUGCAAACCAGACAGAUCUGGAAAACUGGGUGACUGCCAUCCACUCGGCCAGCGCCUCACAUUUAGCCAAGCGUCAGGGGAAGGAAGACACCCUGCGUCUGCUGGAGAGCCAGAGCAGAUCUCUACUGCAGAAGAUCGACAUGGACGGUAAGAUGAAGAAGAUGGCUGAGCUGCAGCUGUCCGUCAUCAGCGACCAGAAGAACAGGAAGGCUAUUGAGAGCCAGAUUUUUCAGUGGGAGCAAAACCUGGAAAAGUUCAACCUGGAGCUCUUCCGUAUGCGCUGUUAUCUGGCUAGUCUACAGGGCACUGAGCUGCCCAACCCAAAAGGUCUGCUGGCCACCGCCGGGCGGCCGUCUAAAACGGUGCUGGGCCGCCUGGGAAUCUUCUCAGUCUCAUCUUUCCAUGCGCUGAUAUGUACUCGUGACGAGGCGACCCUGAAGAGACGAUCUCGCUCUCAGCCUCGAAACGUGAGAAACAAACGCGGACUCCUCUUUUCCUCACAGAAGGGAUUGGACAGUCUGACCAUGCGACACGGUGAAAAGAGACAGUCUCUGUCCCAGAUAUUUGAGGGAUCGUCUUCAGGAUCAUUUGUUCAUCCAUCAAGGCAGAGCAGCUCAGAGCAAAGGCUAGAUGUUUUUACCAAAGUGAAUUCAGCAGCGCCAUCUGAAGGCCAUCCGUGGGAUUACUGCACCCCAGAGAGUCGAGUUUGUCUGCUGAUGCCGGACAGUCAGAUCAUCAGUGUUCUCAUCAAACAUGACUCUGUGGUCAUCGAUGUUCUCUUCUCCGCAUGCAAGGUUAAGCAGUUGGAUCCUGCUCUGCACUGUCUGCAUAUGAUGAGACAUUUAGGUGGAGAUGUGGAGAGAAGCAGUCCAGCACCAACAGAGCUGCUGAGGAACCUGGUCUAUGAUGAACUUGAAGUUUUGCCUCUCAGUGUUUUUCACUUGAACAUGACCCGUCCUGACAUAUCUAUGGAUUUUGGUUUCGCGGUCACGGGUCAUGUGGACGGCGCCAGAAGAAGUCACGUCUAUGUGAGUGAGGUGAAUCCUAAUGGCCUGGCAUUCGCUGAAGGUCUUAGAGCGGGAGAUGAGAUCUUGACUCUUAAUGGUGCCAGCGUGGCAUCUCUGGACCUCGGUCUCAUGCAGAGCUUCUUCAGCCAGCAGGAGCUCCGUCUGGUCCUCAGACGUGAAGAUAAUAACUCAGACGACCAGAGCUGCACAUGGCCAGAAUGUGACUUCAGUGAACCUGAUCAAGCUCCACCUCCUCAUGAUGCCAUCAUUCACCUGGAGCAGCUGACCACAGAUACGAUGCAGGAGCGGGAUGGUCUUGAGGGCUCUGUGGCGCCUGCUUUGAAGGAGUCUAGAGAUAAGGCAGCGCGAGACAGAAAGAACCCAGAGACGAUGUGUAACCUCUACCAGACGUUCCCUGAGGGAUCCACCCUUGUGCCGGAGAACCAGAGGAACCCUUACUCCAGCCAUGCCAGAUCCUCUCCCCGCCACAUGUCUGUCACAGAGAGGUUACGGAUGGUUAUUCAAGAGCUGGUGGACACAGAGAAAUCCUAUGUGAAGGACCUCGGAUCUCUGUUUGAUAUCUACCUGAAUCCUUUACAAGGAGAAACAUUCCUCAGUCAUGAUGAGAUGGAGUCUCUGUUUGGCAGUCUGCCAGAGAUGCUGGACUUCCAGAAAGUUUUUCUUCAAACUCUUGAAGAAAGGACAACUUUCUCUCCGGACUACCAUACACUGGAGACCCCAGAGAACCUCAAGAAACUUCUCUUCUCUCUGAGUGGAUCAUUUUUAAACUACGCAGAUCACUUUAAGCUUUACAGCGGCUUCUGUGCCAACCACAUUAAGGUGCAGAAGGUUCUUGAGCGAGCGAAAACUGACCGGGCAUUUAAGGAGUUCCUGGAGGCGAGGAAUCCCACCAAACAGCACUCGUCCACGCUGGAGUCGUACCUUAUCAAACCUGUACAGAGGGUUUUGAAGUACCCGCUGCUGCUGAGGGAACUCGUGUCUCUCACUAACCCUGACAGCGAUGAACACAACCGCCUCAUUGAGGCUUUAAAGGCUAUGGAGAAGGUGGCCCUUCAUAUUAAUGAAAUGCAGAAGAUCUAUGAGGACUAUGGCACCGUGUUUGACCAGCUGGUGGCAGAGCAGAGCGGCGCUGACAAGGAGGUGACAGAGAUCUCUAUGGGAGAGUUCAUCAUUCACAGCUCGGCACGCUGGUUAAAUCCUCUGCCCUCUCUGGGCCGGAUGAGAAAAGCACCAGAACUGACCCUCUUCUUGUUUAAGAGAGCUCUCAUUUUGGUUUAUCGGGAGAGCAGCAAACUAAAGAAGCGAAUGACUGCGUCAAGGCCGGGCGAUCUGGAUCCUUUUAAAUUCCGCUGGCUCAUUCCUGUAUCAUCCCUACAGGUCCGACCCGGUAACACAGCAGGAUCAGAGAACCCUUGUGUUUGGGAAGUUGUUCACACUAAAUCUGAAUUGGAGGGAAGACCAGAGAUGCUGUUUCAGCUGAAGAGCAGUAAUCUGGAGAACAAGGCCAAUGCGGUGAGGGCCAUUCGCUCUCUUCUAAGAGAAAACGCUAAGAGGACCGCUCCGUUUGAAAAAAGAUUCAAAGACUUCAACUCUAACUUGACCUUCCCCAGGAGAAACCGCACAGGAGCAAUUCAAUCAAACUCCUGGCAGAGGUUAACAGAUGGACCUCAGACUGUUUCAGAUGAGACCGGACUGCUCGAUGAAGAUGCUCGGUCAGAACCUCACUCGUUGAGACUCUUCAGCUCUGAUCAGAGCAAGAGAUCCACGUUGUGUUCCCUAACAAGUGCCCUCGAGGCUCAACUCCAGAGCCUGAACUUUGAAGAUGAACCACACGGACUGAACAAGAGCAACACCGGCAGCCUUCGGGGUAGUCAGGUGACGCUGCUGGACGACACAUCUGGUUUGGACUUUAACACCCUGCUGGCCAGGGACUACAGCGUACAAAGCUUAGGUUCUGUAGUUAAUGAGGAUUGCUUUUAUGACACGGUCAUGGGCGUCCAUAAAGCUGCCAUUCCCACGCUCUAGUGGUAUAGACGGAAAAAUGCACUAAAACUUCAUUAUUGUGCCUUGGAGUGAACGGCUUUCAGCUAUCAUGUCAUAUAUUUAGACAGCAUUAUGGUGACGUCCCAUGACACCGCUCACUGGAGAUUCGGCUGAACAUUGACACAUGUACUCAUAUAGUACACAAGCAGAAACUGUUUGACUGGAUGUGAAUACUGGAGCUUUACAUUUGUAUUGCUGGUUUGACAAAAGAUUUGCUCUGCUCAGUAUUGAAAUGGGGUUUUUUUUGUGAAUUUUCACAAACUUUUAUUUUAAGAGAAAGUGUUUGGUGUAAAUUAUGUCUGUAUAUCUCUCUUAUAUAUACAUUUUGUGCACAUGUUUGAUCAAGGGCAUGUUUUUUUGUAGUUGAAAAUACAGAUAUUACCGAGUUUGUUUAUUAUGAAGAUUAAUAAUGUGCUCUGUUGUCAGUUUUGACAUUUGUAAUUUAUUUAUAAGGAUAUUUCUUUAAACUGAGUGUAGCUUGUAAAAAUGACUUUGUUUUUAAUAUUUAAUAAAGACUGCCUUCUAUAAUAAUCCCUGUUAUGAAAAUCAU